CCUCACGCUUACUUUCAAGGUUUGUCCCCUGCGGUCACGUUUCAAUGUACAGUAAGUGAUUCCGCAAAAGCAGUAUAAGCACAGACCAGACCGCAAGGUCACGUGUCUUCACGAGGUUUGCGGUCGACGAAAGACGUCAUUUCUUAUGUUUCCAAGGUCCUUUAUGUUAUACAGUUCACAUUGCCACAGCAAAGCAGCAAACACUCCCUGGUCUUAAUUUUACGAUUCACCGCAAACCGCCCUGCCUUUGUUUCCUUCAGGGCAGCACGGGGAGAGAUAUAUUUUCAGGCCUCUCUCAGACAAAACCACUUUGUUUAAUAUACAUUCCCAUAACCGUUUUUGGUAAAAACAUCUUUAGCUACCAGGAAACAUUAUAUUGGAACAUAAAAAACAUACAGCUAGCCUGCAAACACAUUUCCCCUAUAUGCUUCUCGGUCGGGGUUAGUAAAUAAAUACUUUUGUCGUACUUUAUUCCCCUCCAUUUACUAGCCCGUCUCCUUGAACUUUAUAUUUGAUGAAAAUAUCAGCAGUAAUUUUUGCCAGAAGCAUAGUUUUUUUAUCCAACGCAUAUUUUGGAGUAUCCGUAUAGGUUUUCUAAAUUGCUGCAUCUUUAAAAGGAAAUAUUGAAUCGUGUAAUAUUUUGCAUUUCGACAUAUGCAGAUGUUACUAAUAUUUUGAGUAUAUAAUCAGAUUAAUACAUAUUGUGUUCUGCUCAUACGGCCGGGAGUUAUAACGAUAGCGAAAUGCUACUCGGCACAAGUAUCUUCGUAGUUUUGUUUCUUGCAACUUUACUCGUUUCAGGUAAAACGUUCAUUUGUCGUCUUACAAAAUUAUACUUGACAGAAACUGGACCAUGGUUAGCUGUCCAAGCAAACAUCGACUUCCCACGCAGUAAUGUCAUUUUGAUUUCUGUAGGUGUUGAAUCUAAACUGCGAACCAAACUCGUACGAAGGGAAGGUGACGUAAAGAACUGGAAGGCAUUAUGGAAAGUUUUUAAAGCGGGACAUUUCGAACCAACCCGAAAUUCAACGAUCCUUCAGAAAAUAAUUUUCGCAAACGCCCGCGAGAGAGGUAAUUCAAAAAAAGACGAUGGCUAUGUGCUAUUCCAAGGUGAUAUUAGAUUGAAAAGAUCCGAAGUUGAACAACUCUUCAACAAAACAAAGGGUAAAAGAUCAAGACGAGCCGUUCUUAAGUAUUUCAAAGGGAACAGAUGGCCCAAGAAUGGUUUAGUGUAUGAUCUUCAUCCAUCUUUGAGCUAUAAGGCUGAAAAGGUAAUCAUGGAAGCCAUAAAAGAAUGGGAGCGUGUUUUACCCUGCCUAGGUUCUUGGAUAAAUAUUAAACAGCUUCGUAAUAAACCUACUGCAUACAUACAAUUCUACAGCGGACAAGGCUGUAAUUCGCCCGUUGGUCGUCUGGGAAAACCUCAGAGGAUAUCGAUUGGUAAAGGUUGCGAAAACAAAGUCAUUGCAGUCCAUGAAAUUGGUCAUGCAAUGGGUAUGUGGCACGAACAGUCAAGACCAGAUCGAGACAGAUAUAUAGAAAUUUUAUGGGAUAAUAUUAUACCAGAAUGGAGAUCAGCAUUUCGUAAGAUAACUGCAAGUGUUGUCAAUAGUUACGGUGUUCAGUACGACUUUGAGUCAGUGAUGCACUACCCAUCAAAUGCUUUUGCAAAACAUCCCGGGUUGGAAACAAUGAAAAGUAAAGAUGGACAAAGACAGUUGGGAAAUAGUGAAGGAUUAACACUAAAGGAUAUAAAACAAGUUCAAAGAAUGUAUAAAUGUGGGGCCGAUGGGAAAUCGAAAGCAUUUGUUCAUUUUGCAGUUGCCUGCAGUGACAAAUCAAGAUCUUGCUUGGGCUGGCAAGAAGCUGGAUUUUGUAGACCAGGAAAUGUAUAUUACAAUUACAUGAAUAAAAACUGCUGUAAAACUUGCAAAGAUGCUUGUUCUGUGGAGGAUGAACAUAGAUCGUGUAUAAAGUGGUCUGAAGCUGGAUUUUGCCACCAUGUCUUGUACCAAAAAUUUAUGACAAGGUUUUGCAAGAAAUCCUGUCAGUGUUAAUGCUUGAGCGACACUCCAGUCCCACUGGUAUGAAGAACAUUAAUAUGCUUUUACAUAGUAACCAUAAACCGUUUAAU